GGCUCGCUCCUCUCCUUCUCCUUCUCCUUCUUCUCACUGAUUCUCCCACGAUUUUCUCUCCAUUUUCCCUCACUUUCCCGCAUUUUCCCUCUCCAAUCGCCACGGCCAGGAAAAAGCGAAUAGCGAAGCGCGCGACGCGGAUUUUCCUGCCGUCCCCGGAGCAUUCUCGCGGAAACCUCCGCCGCUCGCGGCGCCGCCGUUUCGCCGCUUCCUCCGAGUGCAGCUCGGUCUCGCGCUCUCUCGCUUGAACGCCGGGGUCGGCUCUCGGGCGGCGAGGGUUCGAGCGUCUCUUCUCGUCGGCAUUCGCCUCAUCCGCCUCGGUUUGGAGCGAUUAGCCUCGUCCCUGCCCUAAGUUUGCGGCUUCACUGUCCGUACAGAUUCGGGGGGCAUAAGUCAUUGUCGGUGAGUACGUAAUUGAGGAUUGAUUCGAGCGUUGAGCAUCGACUCGGUGAAAUGUGCUUGAAAUUGAAUUGAAUAUCUUCUGGAAAGUGACUGUAGAGAGAGGAGAGAGAGUGAGUUUUGCGAUGUCGGGCCCUCCGCGUGUGCGUUCGACGAACGUCUUCGAGCCGGAGAUUCGACCGGUGCUGAGACCAGCUGCAAACAAUGCUCCGAUGGCCAAUGCCAACGCUUUGAAACCUGCCUCGAAGCCCAGCAAGAAACCCGAUAAGCCGCCUCAGAAAUCAGAGCCCAAGGACAAGAAGGCGAUCUCCACUCCACCGGUCUCGCAGAAUUCGGGCGCCGCUAAAGCACUUAUGCAGCACCAAGAGUUGGCGAUGGGGCCGAAAUCGGCGAUGAGUGCUUCGUGCUCGUCCGAUGCUUCAUCGUCUGAUUCGUCACAGAGUCAGACAUCAAGCGGGAGGAUGGUCACAGGGAGGAGAACAAGUGUCGCGGUCAGGAAGAAGAAAUGUAGUGCGAAGGCAGACCGAACUUAUAGUACAGAGGUAGACACAGUUGAAAAGGUUGGUGAUGAUGGUGGGUUAGUCGAUACCCUCGAUGGUCUAGAGAUCAAGAAAAGAUGUAGCUGGGUCACGCCAAAUACAGAUCCUAACUAUGCUGCUUUUCAUGAUGAGGAAUGGGGGUUCCCAGUUCAUGACGACAGGAGAUUAUUCGAAUUGCUCUGCUUGUCAGGUGCUUUAGCUGAACUUUCAUGGCCAGCCAUUCUUAUCAAAAGGCAUAUUUUUAGGGAAGUCUUCUUGGACUUUGAUCCGGUCUCUGUAUCAAAACUAAAUGAAAAAAAGGCAACUGCACCAGGAAGCCCUGCCCUUUCAUUAUUAUCGGAGCCAAAGCUGCGAGCCAUCAUUGAAAAUGCACGUCAGAUGUGCAAGGUAAUCGAAGAGUUUGGAUCCUUCGACAAGUACAUAUGGAGCUUUGUAAACCAAAACCCACUUGUCAGCCACUUCAAGUAUUCCCGUCAGGUGCCUGUGAAAACUUCAAAGGCGGAGUUCAUAAGCAAAGAAUUGAUCAAGAGAGGAUUUCGGAGUGUCAGCCCCACAGUCGUCUAUUCAUUCAUGCAGGUCGCUGGAUUAACUAACGAUCACCUUGUUAGUUGCUUCAGAUUUCAUGAGUGCGUCGCUUUGGCAGAAGCACGGGAAAAAGACGACAGAAAUGGCAAGGACGAAAAGAAAAAACCCAGCGAAACAAGUAGUCUGAUACUGCCAAGAGCUAAGGACGAAUCUUCUUCUCCUCUCAAGUAAUUAAGAUGGAUUUCCAGCCAUUGUAAUUUUCUUUGAUGACCAGGCAGGUCGAUUGUGUAGAAUCAUUGUCACUAGGGACCACUUAGCUGUUGAUCGCUCUUGUGCUAUUAUUCGGUACGACUUGUUACCGCAAUUUUAUUGAGAUGACUCAUAUUUAGCAAUUAUUCAACAGACUUCUGUAGAGGUAUGUAGACAGCUCUAUAUCAAUUCCAGACUUGUCUCCAUCGGAAAAGAAGAAAGAAAAAAAACCAGAGUUCCUUUCUUAA